UGAGGAGACUUUUUCAUUUCGUUCCAGCAAAUACAUCCUUCAAACUGCUGGCUUUGAUGCCCGUUUUCCCAACACGAAUCAAACCAGGCAUUGCUACCAAAACUAUACGGACUAUUUCAAAUGUGUUGCUGCUAAGGGAGAAGACUUCGCGCCCUGCAAGCAGUUUAAGAGGGCCUACAAUUCCCUUUGUCCUAGUGAACUUAUACUCACGUUGAUCCAGAUAAGCAAAUUUGAUGAGCAGAGGGAAAGCGGGACAUUCCCAGCCUCAUUGGAGCCUUGA